GUGGGUACACGAUAAAGAUUUUUAACUUUUGACGAACAAGAGUUUUCGCUCUUUUGUCCUCAACACAGAAGAACAUGCUUCAACUUUCUGAUUUCUAAACAAAUCAUUUGUCCGCUUGCUAAUGUCAGACUAGCAGUGACAUUUAUAACUUUGUUUUUAUCAGCAUUGCAAUGGCUACAAAUCUUUACAUUUUACUAAGAGCAGGCAUUCUUAGAAGACUAACUUUAUCUGAAUGCUCCAAAAAGGUUGAGAGUUUAAGUAUUUCACGAGCCCAGGUCAGAUUAAUUCACACUGCAUCUCCCUGCGCUGCAGGACAUGCCAAGUGGCAAAAUAUUAAACAUAUAAAGGAAGCUAAUGACAAAAUUAAAGGCCAGAAAAGUAAUUUCUUGUCUGGUAGACUUCAGAUAUUAUUUGCCAAAAAUUCAGACAAAGAUCCCAAAACGAAUACAGAGUUGGCCAAUUUAAUUAAGUGGGCACGAACAAAUAAUAUUCCAAAUGAUGUUAUUGAAAGAGCCAUUGACAGAGAGGUGAAGCUUCGUGAUCCCAAAAAUAUAACUGUCUUUGAUGGGCGAGGUCUUUCAAAUGCUGGAAUAAUUGUUGAAUGCUUUGCACUUAAACCUUUACAUACAAAAAAUCUUUUACAAGGAAUUAUAAAAAAAUAUGGCUUCAACUUGAAUGUACCAGCUAUGGAUUUGUUCGAACACAAAGGUAAAAUAAAUAUGGCGUUGUCAGAGACAGAUAAAACAACAGCCCUGACGGACACUAAGUUUCUUGAUAAAUAUGUCGACCUGGCCAUUGAGGCAGGAGCAGAGGAUGUCAAGCUAGAAGAAGGCAGUUAUGGGCAUAAUUUAGAGUUCUUAUGCUCGCCAUCUGACCUGGAUAAAGUCUACAAAAACCUAGAGCAAGCUGGACUACAAUUAACAAGUUCAGAAAGAGUUUAUAUUCCUAAAAUAGAAGUUCCAGUAUCCCAAGAGUAUUUAAAUGAAUUGGAUAAAUUGACCGAAAAGUUAGAUACUCACCCUGAUGUUGUUGACUACUAUUUUAAUCUUGUACCUGAAAGUUGAUUUUAUUCUUAUUUAUGAAUAAAAUUGUGUAUGUGAUUUUAUUUGUUUAUAGCACAGCUUGUAAAUGUUUCAUUUUUGUAAGUUCUAAAAUUUAAUGAAGGUGAGUGGUGGUUGUGGUAGGGGAGGUACAUUUUGAAAACUAAUAAUUUUCCAAUUAAGUUCAAACAAAAGACAUCACCAUUGAAAAUACAUCUGAGUCUUAGGUUUUACUGUAAUUGUACAAGCACACUAGGCAUUAUAUAAUUUUGUUAAAAAAAAUGUUUAACUUAAAACAAGUCAUUUUUAUCUUUAAGACUGAUAACCCACAGGCUAUUUUUAUCUCAUGUAACAACAGACUAGAAAAUGUAAACUUUACACCAUGUCUAUUUACAACAUCUUUAAUUUGAGCUAUACUUAUUAAAACAGAGUUAUUCUGAAAAAGCUUACUAGCACUCAGGUUAUCUGGGGAAAAAACACCUGUUAAAAAUCAUUUAUCAGACCUGUCAUUAGUCAUGUUUUAAAUGUAGCUAAAUGAGAAGUAUAAUUAUGACAUUGUUAUCAAUGAAAAAUACUAUGGUAAAAACAUUGCUCAUGGAAAUUAUAAAAAUAUAUUUAUUACAUUUUUAAAUAUUUAAUUUUUUUUAAAAGUCAUUAGUAAUUGAAUGAAUGGCUUCAAAAGCUUCACAACCUUCCUCUUCUUUACUGUCAGCUUGUUUAAAUUUAUUUUUACAAAUAUAUAUACUACAGACGUUCAUUGAGUGCAUGCAAUCAGAUAUGAAAGACAGUUACUACAACAUGUUAAUAUCAAUCAAUAGUGAAGUCCCUUAUUUCAUGUAAUAAUAUAAAAACCAAUCUUUACAACUGAAUGGUGUAAGUUAUUUAUUUGAAAAAAAAAAUGCUUAAAAAUAAAAUAUUGUACAAAAAACAACAUGAAAUAAAGAAUAAUGAAAUGUU